UGUGUGCUAAUAAUUCAGUACACAUAGUCAAUAGUCUAGAUCCAAGAUGUCUCGUGUUAUUUUUUUAAGUUGUAUUUUUUUGUUUAGUUUUAAUUUUAUAAAAUGUGAUUCCCCGACUGUAACUUUGCCCCAAGGCGAAUUGGUUGGAAAAGCUUUGACGAACGAAAAUGGAAAAGAGUAUUUUAGCUACACAGGUGUACCUUAUGCUAAACCUCCUGUUGGAGAACUUAGAUUUAAGCCUCCACAGAAAGCUGAGCCAUGGCAAGGUGUUUUCAACGCCACAUUAUACGGAAAUGUGUGUAAAUCUUUAAAUUUCUUCUUGAAGAAAAUUGAAGGAGACGAAGACUGCUUGGUAGUAAACGUGUACGCACCAAAAACAACUUCUGAUAAAAAACUUCCAGUAUUUUUCUGGGUUCAUGGUGGUGGUUUUGUGACUGGAUCCGGAAAUUUAGAAUUCCAAAGCCCAGAUUAUUUAGUAGAUUUUGAUGUUAUUUUCGUAACUUUCAAUUACCGAUUGGGACCUCUCGGAUUUCUGAAUUUGGAGUUGGAGGGUGCUCCAGGAAAUGUAGGAUUAUUGGAUCAGGUGGCAGCUCUGAAAUGGACCAAAGAAAACAUUGAGAAAUUUGGUGGAGAUCCAGAAAAUAUUACAAUUGGUGGUGUUUCUGCUGGUGGAGCAAGUGUUCAUUAUCUUUUGUUAUCUCAUACAACCACUGGACUUUACAAAAGGGCAAUUGCUCAAAGUGGAAGUGCUUUUAAUCCAUGGGCCUUCCAGAGACAUCCAGUAAAGCGUAGUCUUCAACUUGCUGAGAUAUUGGGUCAUCCCACAAACAAUACUCAAGAUGCUUUAGAAUUCUUACAAAAAGCCCCCGUAGACAGUCUCCUGAAGAAAAUGCCAGCUGAAACAGAAGGUGAAAUAAUAGAAGAGUUUGUCUUCGUACCAUCAAUUGAAAAAGUUUUCCCAUCCCACCAACCUUUCUUGGAAGAAUCACCAUUGGCCAGAAUGAAAUCCGGAUCCUUUAACAAAGUACCUUUAUUAGUUGGAUUUAACAGUGCAGAAGGACUUUUGUUCAAAUUCUUCAUGAAAGAAAAACCAGAGAUGCUGAACCAAGCUGAAGCAGAUUUUGAAAGACUCGUACCAGCCGAAUUUGAAUUAGUCCAUGGAUCAGAGGAAUCGAAAAAACUUGCAGAAAAAAUCAGGAAGUUUUACUUUGACGAUAAACCCGUUCCAGAAAAUGAACAGAAAUUUAUUGACUUGAUAGGAGAUAUUUGGUUUACUAGAGGUGUUGACAAGCAUGUCAAGUUGUCUGUGGAGAAACAAGACGAACCAGUUUAUUAUUAUGAAUAUUCCUUCUCGGAAAGUCAUCCUGCAAAAGGAACAUUUGGUGAUCAUAAUCUGACUGGUGCAUGCCAUGGAGAAGAACUUGUGAAUUUAUUCAAAGUCGAGAUGAUGAAGCUGGAAAAAGAUAAACCUAAUGUUCUAUUAACAAAAGAUAGAGUACUUGCCAUGUGGACUAACUUCAUCAAAAAUGGAAAUCCUACUCCUGAAGUAACAGAAUUAUUGCCAGUUAAAUGGGAACCUGCCACAAAAGACAAGUUGAAUUAUUUGAACAUUGAUGCCACCUUAACUUUGGGAACAAAUCCUGAGGCAAACCGAGUCAAAUUUUGGGAAGACGCCACAAAAUCUUUGCACGGUCAAUAAUAAUUUAUGAAAAUUGUUUUAAAUACUUUAGGUAAUAUAUUAGGUAAAUAAAAAUUAAAAAAUAACAA